GUUGCUGCUGCUGCUGCCGGGUAACCGGCGUCCAAUAGGAAGGCUUCUCCUGUGUGAGCGCGGAAGAACGGAUUUGUUGUGCCUCGUCGGGAGAGUCUUCUCGCUGCGUGGCGACGGUGACAUCUAGUUUGUUAGACCUUGACGGAAAGAUGAGCCUGUGUCUCAGAACGGAGCUUGCGGCCGACAAAACCAAACGCAGGAAGAGGAGGGAGCUCACCGAGGACCAGAAGCACGAAAUCAAAGAAGCGUUUGAGUUGUUCGACACUGACAAAGACAAAGAGAUCGAUUACCACGAGCUGAAGGUCGCAAUGCGCGCGCUCGGCUUUGAAGUGAAGAAAGUGGACGUUCUGAAGAUUCUUAAAGACUAUGACAGAGAGGGAAAUGGAAAAAUAACGUUCGAGGAUUUCAAUGAAGUAGUGACCGAUCGCAUCCUGGAGCGAGACCCGAAGGAGGAGAUCAUGAAGGCCUUCAAGUUGUUCGACGACGACGAAUCGGGGAAGAUCAGCCUGAGGAACCUGAGGCGGGUGGCUCGAGAACUCGGGGAGAAUGUCAGCGACGAGGAGCUGCGCAGCAUGAUCGACGAGUUUGACACUGACGCAGAUGGAGAAAUAAACCAGGAGGAGUUUCUUUCCAUCAUGACUGGAGACUCCUGAGGAGGAGGCUGCAUCUGAAGGGUUUUUAUAGAAGCAGGACAUUGUGCUGGAUUGGUUCAUCCAUACUGUGUGUGUGUGUGUGUGUGUGUGUGUGUGUGUGUGUGUGUGUGUGUGUGUGUGUGUGUGUGUGUGUGUGUGUGUGUGUGUGUGUGUGUGUGUGUGUGUGUGUGUGUGUGUGUGUGUGUGUGUGUGUGUGUGUGUGUGUGUGUGUGUGUGUGUGUGUGUGUGUCAACCUGUGGUUGAUACUUGAUUAAAUUAAAAUUGAACACUGACCACGUGUCGACUGAUGUUUAAAGCACCUUUGCUCUUAAAUGUUGUUGACUUUGGCUUGUUUCUGUUUUUAAUAAAAAUGUGAUUUCACCUCCAGAAAAGUGACCAAA